AUGCGACGACUACUAUCGCAAUUUCUUUGCCCAAUCUUGCUAGCCUUGAGCUUUCUGUUUACUAGAGCUCAAGCUGUAGGAAGCGGAAGAAAAACCAUCGGCUAUCGAAUAGUCUCCAAAGGAGAAGCAACUGCUAUCAAUAAAACUCACAAGCCUUUCAAAAGUAGACUGCACCGCGGAGAUAUGGGCUACACGCAUCAAAUAGGAAAUGGAUUUUAUACGAUAAACAGCCCUGACAGCUGGCUCGGUAUGUUGAGUACGUCUGAUCAAUGGUACUGUGUUAUCGAGGCGAACAUUCAAAAGUUUGAUGAAGCGGCCAAACUAUGGAUUCCAGAAAGUUUCGAGAAAAGAGGUUUCCUGGGUCGGUCUUCGCAAAUGGAUUUAUGGUCCCAAGACGAAGACGUCAUCUUGGAUUACAUCAAGUCAGAGAUGAACAUGCCAAAGCCCGAAAAGGUCUUGCGCUUUUCAUACAUCGCAUAUGCCGGCGACAGGCUGCACAUGCUUAUUCCAACUAAAGUGGUAAAUGACGACGGCCUAGGUUUAUGGUCCAUCUGCUUUGAAACUAAGGCAGAGCUGUUAAAUUAUUCGGACGAGAUCGUUGAUUGGAAGAGUUGGAAUAUUGCUGGAAAUAUUGGAGAGCCUAGCUACCCACUAAAUGGUAUUAACCCACUGAAUGGUGUUGGGAGUUGA